GAGAAAAAAUAACAGAAGUGAGUCUUUUGCAGCCGAAAUUUUUAACUUUUCCUCGAUAAAGAGACUUCAUGUUUUGCAGUCGUCCUGUUGAAUGGCUGGUGUAAAGUAUAUUCAUUAUGGCUACCGCUUUUAAUUGGUGAAUUGGCAAGAAAAUUGAGAUUAUGUCCAGGGAUAGAUGGAUGAGUUCUAUGUGAGAGUCUCCUUUCAAUACAAUGGUACUAAUCCAGAUGAGCUCUCAGCAACUGAAGGAGAUGUAAUUAAGGUUAUAAACCAAUUUAACGAGCACUGGUAUAAUGGUCAASUCAAUGAUAAAAAGGGACUCUUUCCCGUUUCCUACACAACACCUAUCAAUCAUCCUUUGCAACAAGAGAUCUUUGUAGCUACAGCAACUUAUCAAGGAGCAGGACCUAAUGAACUUAGUUUUGGUAGAGGAGAUCAAGUCAAGGUCAUUGAGGAUGUUGACUCUAAUUGGUGGCGAGGAGAGGCUGGUGACCAAAUAGGAAUUUUUCCCAAUUCAUAUGUCGAUAAACUUUAUGAUUCAAUAUGCUCAGAUGAGGACGACACUUCUGUAUUUUAUGCUAACUCUCAAAAUGGUCAAASCUGUGUAUCUGUAGAAGCCUUGUACAGUUUCUCUGCAAGGAACCAAGAAGAAUUAAGUUUUCCUGAGGGUGCAAUAAUUAAUAUAAUUAAAGAUGUUGAUGAUGAUUGGUAUGAAGGAAUGUUCGAAGGAAAAGCAGGAUUAUUUCCAAAGAGUUAUGUUCAGCCUUUCCAAGACAUUUAUGAAGUUCCUCCUACACCCUGUGCAAGAUCAAUUUACCCCUUUGUUGGAGAAAGCGAAUCUGAACUGACCUUCAAAGAAGGAGAAAUUAUAUUACUUCGUAAACGUGCUGGUUCACAAUGGCUAGAAGGAGAAAUAGAUGGAGUCGUAGGAUUAUUUCCAGCAAGCUUUGUUGAUAUUGAAAUUGAUCUUCCAUCUAAUGAAAGCAAAACUCAAUCAUUGCCUCAAAAGGUCCCUUUAAAAGAGGGGAUGAGAAUGAGGGCACUUUAUCACUUCUCUGCCUUGCACCCUGGUGAUUUAGCCCUUAAUGAAGGRGAYAUAGUUACAAUAGUUAAUGUUGUUGAUGAUAACUGGAUAGAAGGAAGAGUGAAAAGUGGAGUGACGGGAAUGUGUCCUUCUGCAUACCUAAUGCUGACUGACCAAGAUUCAACUAGUAAUAGUGGACAUCUUCAUUCAAGCCAAAACACUAUUUGUAACCAACUAAGAGCAGGAAUUGUUGCAAGAGACAAUGUAAGCAAUGCUUCACAAUGUUCUUCACUUUCAUCUAUUUCUCCAAGUGAGUGGGAUUCUGGGUUAAAAGGAGAUGACUCUACGGACUCAGUGUUUGUUUCAAGUAGUAGAUACUGGGAUGGUAAAGCAUCCUUUAACAAGACAAAACCUGCCCCAAAACCACCACAGAGUCAAUCUGAGGGCUGUUUUAAUGUCAAUGGAAUGCAUAACAAUCUACCAUCAAGGAGUCUAUCACAAAGUUAUCCAGCACAGAGUAGGAGUACUUCUACGUCAACUGAUAAAUCAUCCAUAUAUGCUAUCCCAUUUAAAAGUUCCAAAACUAGAAUGUCACAGUUUAGAGGACAAAGUACAUCUGCUGYAGGUAGCACAACGACAUCAGUGUCGAGUGAUAUAGAUGGUAACCGUAGCAACAGUGAUUCAACCAGUGGRAGAUCAUUGAUUGACAUGAGUGUUUCACAUAGAGCUUCUAGUUUUAACUUAGCAUCACCAUUGGUCCCAUUACCAUCAAAAAUCCCCUCACAGGGGGAGAKGACAGAAGAACCUAUUGUACCAAAACGAAGAGCACCCUUACCUCCUAGGAAAACARCAUCAGACACACCUCCAUCCCCUAAGAAAACAAAUGCUUUUGCACCCCCACCCCCAAGGAAGACAUUGUCUGAUAUACCUUUAUCCUCAGGAAGAAAAAUGUCGGACACACCAACAUCCCCUAAGAAGACUGAYGCACCCCCUCCCCCUAGAAAAACACUGUCUGAGCAAAAGCCUUUAACAAUGCCGAGAUCAGGAGUUAAAGGGAAAGGCUUGGCAUCUGAUGACAAAGUAUCAGAAAGAUAUGGUAGUUCUUCAAGCAUUGGCAGUGGGGGCAGCAAUAGUUCUGAUAAAAGUCACAGUUUAAAACCUGCUUCUUCACUAGAAACAUCACACAAGAAACGUCCUCCCCCUCCCCCCACAAGAUACAAUAAAGACAAAUUGAAUAGUAGUCCUAGAUCAGCAACGAUAUCAGCAUCUUCUCGUGAACAUUACAAGCAAGAUAAAACAACUAUAAAGCCAUCCAGACCGUAUUCUGUGUACUACAUAGGGGAGGAUGAGAAAGAUAAUAAGCUUAGUAAAGCCAGCAGUCUUGAGGACAUCAGGCRAGUUAAUGUAGAAUCUUCACAAGAUGAACAAGACUCCAAGGAUUUAGUUGAUGACAUUGAUGUUUCUUUGAUACCUGGAAUAUCAGAACUUGAUAAAAAGAUUGCAAAUUCUGAACAUAAUCUACAGGUUGAAUGGAGAGCUUGUACAGGAAUGAAGACUAUUCUUCAGAUGCUAGUACAUGACACAGACAAGCAUACAGAGAUGGAAGGAAAAAUAUCUCGCAGUCAGCAAAAGAUAGAAGAAUGGAAGGACAUAACCAAUGGAUUAAAAAAUGAAAGGACAUAUCUAAUUCAGUCUUAUCCUAAGAGAAAGAGAAUUGAGGAUAGUAUAGCAUUGCUUGAGGCUGAUCUUCAGAAACAAGUCAGGAGUCAGAAAAGUCUACAAGUUCUGCUAGGUGUUGUGGAAGAAAGUCGCAAGGAAGAAGUUUUAGAAAACCUUAGUCUUUGCGAUGCCAUUAUCAGUGAUUUACGAACAAACAUUUCUGAAAGAGAAGAAUCUUUGAAAGCCCUCAAUCAACCAAAGUCCAGCAAGUCAACACAAAAGCAAUUUGCUGAGCAGAGAGAAAAAGUUGUCAAAGAGCUAAUUGGUACAGAACAGGACUACCUCAGAGACUUGAAGUUAUGUCUGAAAUAUUUUGCUGAAGAGCUUAAGUCAUCCAAGGUUGUAGAGUCUGAUAUUUUGUUUGGUAACAUGCAAUCAGUUGUUGACACAUCAAACAAGCUCUUAGACAGCUUUGAGAAAGCUACUGAAGGAAAAGAUGCUGAUCAUCAAGAGUUAGGCAAGUGUUUUGUAGAUAUGGCAGAUGAAAUCAAAGAUGUAUAUGGACAAUACUGCAGAAACCAUGAUGAUGCUAUUGGAUUAUUAGAAAANCAUCUUGAGUGCAUUCUCAAUAAUUUGUUUUAUCAGGUUGUAGAGUCUGAUAUUUUGUUUGGUAACAUGCAAUCAGUUGUUGACACAUCAAACAAGCUCUUAGACAGCUUUGAGAAAGCUACUGAAGGAAAAGAUGCUGAUCAUCAAGAGUUAGGCAAGUGUUUUGUAGAUAUGGCAGAUGAAAUCAAAGAUGUAUAUGGACAAUACUGCAGAAACCAUGAUGAUGCUAUUGGAUUAUUAGAAAAGUAUGAAGAUGUACCAGAAGCUCAGGAAGUCUUCAAUAAAUGCCUGACCGCUAUAAGAGACAGCACAAAGUGUUGGGAUUUAUCCUCAUUUCUUAUCAAACCUGUUCAAAGAGUUCUAAAGUAUCCUUUACUUCUUGGAGAACUCUUGAAGUGCACUCCAGAGAUUCAUAAAGAUAAACAAAAUCUAAUCAAAGCCAUGACUGUUAUGAAUGAAGUGGCUGCUGAGAUCAAUGAAGUCAAAAGAAGAAAAGAUAUUGGUGAGAAAAAUAUGCCGUUUUUUAGUUUAUUUUCUAAAGCCAACACUGUAAAAAAAAGAAUCUAUUUGGGUCAAGUUAAUGUGGGAGACAGYACAAAGUGUUGGGAUUUAUCCUCAUUUCUUAUCAAACCUGUUCAAAGAGUUUUAAAGUAUCCUUUACUUCUUGGAGAACUCUUGAAGUUAUCAAUGGUAAAAGAUGAAGGUGACAUUAUAGAACAACAAACCAGGAAGACACAACAGGUCAUGGAGCAAAUGGCUGACCUGAGUUUCAUCCCUGCUCAAUUCCUUGGGAAAGAACUUUUGAAGAAGAGAAGGGAAGCCAGAAAACAACCUUUGAUCCCAUCUCUCCCAGCAUCAACUGGUGAUGUYGUGUCUGGCCUGAAAAAGCCMUAUAGUAGAGGUGGAAGUCUGUCCAGGAAAAGAAUGGCACCUCAACCCCCACCCCGGACAGGUGCCACUAGCACAUCAGGUACCCAGGAACCACCCAAACCGACUCCAAGAAGACACACUAUUACAUCUCCUAUACUCCGUCAAAGCUCAGUGGAGAUCACUGCAAAUAACUACGAACCUUACAUUGCUAUAUCCACCUUUGAAGCUCAAAAUCCAGGGGAGAUUACACURAAYGAGGGAGAUAUGGUAACUGUUCAGCGGCAGUGUGAUACCAGUGGUAAUAGAGAGUGGUGGCUGGUCACGUACUCUGGGACGUCAGGUUAUGUACCAUGCUCAUUUCUAGAGAAGUAUACUGAAUUUGAAGAACAGGAUGAUAGCGAUAAUGAUGAARCAGAAAAUCAAGAAACUGAAUCAAAGAAAACUACUUCAUAUUAUGCACAAUUUGAAUUUGAAGGCACGAGCCCUGUAGAACUAAGCUUGGAUGAAGGUCAAGUUGUUACAGUUCUACAAUUUCAUGACAAGCAAGGAAAUGAUGAAUGGUGGUUAGUGGAGGCUGAAGGGAAGAAGGGUUAUGUUGCUUCUAACUUCCUUGCACCUCUAGAAGAUGAAUGAUUAUAAUAUGUCAGAUAUCUCUGUUAAACCUAAGCACCAAAGSACCAAAGAAAAACAUUGACUGAAUCAAAUAUUAGUGAAUUGAACCGAUUUCAAAAAAUUAUCAAAUAUUGUAGGUACUCAUCCAUGUAAAACACUUUUGUAAUGCCGCAUGAAGGAAAGACUASCCAUCAGAACAUAGUUGUUAUUAGAUAUGUCCACCAUUUUGUAUUUAGUUUAUAAAAUAGAACCUUUGUUUGUGGGAUCAGCUUMAUCCAAGUCACAAAAUAAUAAUAAUAACUAUGCUUUCUUGAAUGAUGGCUUUGUCUCUGAGAUAGAGCUGCACCCCCAUAAUCUUUUAUGGGUCAGAGAUGUAUGAAUAUUUUCAAAAAAUAUCCAAAUUAUUGCAAUUAUAGGCGAAAUACCGUUACCUCGAAGUAUCUCAUUUGUUACCUAGAGGUGUAUCUUGGGAAUUCUCAAUCUACUGUAGGUUUAAUAGAUGCAAUUUACAGAAAAAAUACGAUAAUAUAACUAUAUAAUAUUACAGUGACACUAUUUUAAGUGACUAUUUUAACAAUUAACGUUGAAAAUUGUUGAAAAAAAUCAGAAUUAAUGAUUAAUAAUGUUAAUACUAUCCAUUCCUUUGACAAUAAGGAUUAUAAUUCAAAGAGUAAAAUUAUGUUAUAAAAGUAUUGCUUGUUAAGUUACCAGUGCAGCACAUUGAAUACUAUAGUUCUAUACUACUACAGACUAAAAAGUGUUGAUCACACAAAAGGAAAUGGCCUAGUGCCUAUUUAUGUACCAAACCUUCUUCAUGGAAUAAGUGUGUACACUUUCAUUGUAGCAGAAUAUCAAUUUUGUAAGUUUAAUUUUAUUUUUGUUUGUAAAAUACAACAAUGAUAAAUGCCUAGAGUACUUUGA